AUGCCUCGGGGAAAGAAGAGUAAACACCGGGCCCGAGAUAAACGCCAGCAGGCCCGGAAUGAGGCUCGCAGAGUCAGGAGUGCUCAGGCCUCUACAGAGGAGGGAGGAGACUCCAACUCCUCCUGCUCUGGGGUUUCUGGGGUUUCUACCCUGAGCACCCCUGAGUCUGUGCUGUCCCAGGAACCUCAGGGAGCCGCAGCAGCUACUGGCUCUAUCAAGCCAAAAAUCGCAUGGCCAAGUUUUGACACCAGUGCCGAGAGCCGCAGCGAGGAAAGUGCAGGUGCCUCCCAGGCAGAGUCGGUGUCUGAGGGUCCCCGCAGGAGCCCUCUAGACCAGAAGGCGAUGCUGCUGGCUCAGUUCAUGCUGCGCAAGUACAACAUGAAGAAGCCCAUCAUCAAGGAAGACAUGAUGAAGCAUGUCAUCAAGAAGCACAAGCCCUACUUCCAGGAGAUCCUCAAGAGAGCCUCUGAGCUCAUGGUGCUGGCCUUUGGCAUUGAUGUGAAGGAAGCCGACCCCGGCGGGCACAGCUAUGUCCUGGUCAGCAAAUUGCACCACGCCGGGGAUAGCAGGCUGAGCGGGGAGAUCAUGCCCAAGAAGGGCCUCCUGAUGACAAUCCUCUGCGUGAUCUUCAUGAAGGGCAACUGUGCCACCGAGGAAGAGAUCUGGGAUGUCCUCAACGCCAUGGGCAUACAUGCUGGCAAGCAGCACAACCUCCACGGGGAGCCCAUGAAGCUCAUCACGGAAGAUCUGGUGAAAGAAGGUUACCUGGUGUACCGCCAGGUGCCCCACAGCGAUCCUCCAAGCCACGAGUUCCUGUGGGGCCCACAGGCCUGCGCGGAGACCAGCAAGAUGGAAGUGCUGCAGUUCUUAGCCAAGCUUCAUGGUACCCAGCCCAGCGCCUUCCCACUCUGGUACGAAGAGGCCCUGCAGGAUGAGCUGGAGAGAACCCGCCACAGAUUCGCGGCUGUGGUUCGCACCAGCACCUUGGCCACCUUCUGCAGCCCAGACAAGUAUUGA